AUGUUUAAAACGAAUUUAUACAAAUAUACAUAUAAUAAAUUAAUAAUUUUAGGCAAUCAACAUGAACGUUGUGGUGAUGAAGAUACCGUUGUUGUCUUUCAUAUUAUUGAAAUUCGACGUUUAUUUACCGAGUUUCGUACACCUCCUGAACCAUUUCCUGAUUUCGUUUAUGAUAGUUGUAUAUAUGUAGAUUCCUUUGAUACAUCAACAACAUAUCAAUUUAAUUUAAAUAAUAUAUAUAAUGCUCAUCCACGUCAUUGUUUACAAUUAUGUACAAACUAUCAACAAAAAUACGCUCUUAUUAAUGCAAAUAUAUGUUUAUGUACAAAUAUUCAAAUAAAAGAUAUACAAUAUAAUACAACUAUACUACAAAAUCAACAUUGUUCUCAAGAAUGUCCAGCUAAUUAUUUUUAUACAUGUGGAAGUAAAAUUAAUUCAACGAUAUAUUCAAUGUAUAUAAUGCAACCAAAAUGUCGUCAUGGUUUUGAAGUUUCAACUAAUGAUCAACAAUGUGUAUAUAGUCAUUUAUUAGUAAAGAAAAAUUCAUUUUCAAAUGCACAAUCUUAUUGUAAAUCUAUUGGUGGUGUUAUUGCAAAAAUAAAUGAUAUUUUAGAAAUUCAAGAUAUUUUAUCUGAAACAGCUUUAAAUAGACGUCGUUCAAAAAUUCUUUCAAUGUUUGCUUUUAUUGAUACAUAUAAUGAUACAAAAUAUUAUUGGAUUGAUCGAACAUUAGAUAUUAAUAAUAAUAAUAAUAAUAAUACAAUAUCAAAUCGUUUUCUUGAAAAAUGUUCACAAACAUCAAAUACAAUUGAUAAAUAUUGUAUUGUUGUUCGUUAUGAAAAAAAUUCAUUGGAUAAUCUAAUAACUUGGGAUCAAUGUAUUGCUGAAUCAAAUCAAUGUUCAGUAAUGUCAGCUACACCAGUUUGUGUUUAUCAACAUUUAGAAUUUAAUUCAACUGUUAUUCCUUUAAUUGAUGAUGAUAAUGAUGAUGAUGAUGAUGUUUCAUUAUCUGUAUCAGUUAAUACAUCAAUAGAUUAUUCAUGUGGUGAUGAUGAAGAUUAUCAUUUUAUGGAUGAAUAUUGUUAUAAAAUAUCAUUUCAUGAAAUUAAUUGGAACGAUGCAAAAUCUGAAUGUGAACGUGAUAAAGCUAUGUUAUUUGUACCUGAAAAAGCCGUUACAUUACAAAUAAUAAAAGCAUUAUUUUUACGUCGACGUAGCUACACAUCAUCGGGUUUUGCACAUGUUGGUGUUAUGUAUGAUAAUCAAAAUCGUACUGUUAUACAAUUUAAUAUAACCGAUGAAAAUACAUUACGAACUAUACCAGAUUCUAAUGCUAUUUAUGAUCUAUGUGAACAAACAUUUCAUCAACAUUAUACAAAAAUAAUUUCAUCAAAAUCUUUAUCAACAAAUGAACAAAAUCGAUUAAAAGCUCAACAAAUUGGUUGUGCAUAUGUUGAUUUAUUAAAUGAUAUAACACCAGUUAUUCGAUGUGAUGAAAUACCUUGUAAUCGACAAGCAACUGUAAUAUGUCAAAAAGCACCGAUUUUAAAAACAGUUAUCAUUGAAGCAAAACGUGAAUAUAUUAACUUUCCAACGAAUAAUAAUUCAAGUCUUACAUCAACAGUACCAUCGACUAAUAAUGAAUCAAACAGCACUGGAUCUUCUGAUUUAAAUUUUCAAAAAAAUAUACAAUCUAUAGGCAGAGAUUUUGCUCCAAUAUUCUUCAUACUAGCAAUAAUAUUUGUUCUUAUACUUCUUGGACUUAUAAACAUAUUACAUAAUCAUUAUUUAUUUCCAAGUAAUAAUAAUAAUAAUAGAUUUCAUAGUGGAAGAUGUAAUAAUAAUGCUAUUUAUUCUCAAUUAACAUCUGAAAAUAAUUUUGAUUUAAAUUAG